UAGACCAGAUCUAAUUUGGGAUGGGUAACUUGAUGGAAGGAUGGAUGGAUGGAGUCUCUACAUCCUACCUACCGGGUAAGUAGGUACAGUGUAUUUUGGGGUGUUGGUAGGUUCCUUGAGAGAAAUGGAACGGAUCAGGUAUCUUUAUAUUUCCUCCAAGGAUGAGAUUGAGGUCGAGGUCGAGGUCGAGGUCGAUGUUGAAGGGAUGUGAGGGUGAAGGCGAGGCUAGGCUAUACUUCCCCUGUUUCAUAUUUCCUAUUUCUUAUAUUUUUCUUAUGAUAAUGAUGAUAGCCAUGACGACUGUAGUUUACUUUCCUUAUUUGUCUUGCUCCGGGUCGGACUUUACUAGCUAUUUUGUGCGUAUCUUUACGUCUUAGUGAUUCGAUUAGGUAAAUGUAUGGGCUCUGAUAUGAUUCGGG